CUGCUAGCUGCGACGGCGAGACCUUGAUGGCGGCGCCGCCCCUCCCAGCGCCACCGCCGCCGGAGCCCAGCGGAGGCAUCGUCGAGCCGGUGCCGGUGGUGGCCCCGCAUUUCUGCGCGCCCUACGUGGUGCAGCUGAGCGUGAAGGAGAAGUAUGGCCUGCGACAGGGCGACUUCACCAUCACCGACACCAACGGCGCCGUCGUGAUCAGGGUCGAGGGCGCCUUCAUCAGCAUCCACAACCGCCGCCUCCUCCUCGACGCCAACGGAAAUCCCCUCCUCUGCAUGCGGGAGAAGGUAAUUAGUAUGCACUACACAUGGGAAGCGUAUAGAGGGGACAGCACGAAAUCAAGUGAUUUGCUCUUCACUGCCAAGAAAUCUUCAAUCAUCCAACCGUUUGAAACAGAGAUGUACAUCUACUUGGCUUCCAACACUUCACAUGAGGUCUGCGAUUUCAAGAUGAAGGGUAGCUUCAAAGAGAGAGCGUGUUCUUUCUAUCUUGGUAACACCAACACCUUGAUAGCUCAAAUGCACCGUCAGCAUAGCGCCAUGAGCACGUUGUUGGGAACAGACCACUAUGGUCUCACCGUAUUUCCAAAUGUCGACUACGUCUUCAUUUCGGCUCUUGUUGUGAUUCUACAGGAGCUUCACACGGAUAAAAAUGAUUGAUGACCACAGGGAUCCAAGCUUUCACGCAUCGAGCCGUGGAUGUCAUAUAUGAUAUAUAUAAUCUU